AUGACGCCGGGACGAUGGGGUGUUUUCGUUCUGGUGGUGUGCCUGGCUGUCUGCUCUUUUCUCCUGCAAUUUCGCCACACGAUUUACAGUUGGAACCUCGUACAUGCGAGACAGGCAGAGAAUACAGCCUCUACCAGGGAAAGGGGAACACCUCGCGGUCACGUCAAAUCUCGCGUGAACAGCACGGAUCCAAGGCACGCCGAGAAACAAGUUGUUGGGAACGUGAAAAACAUCACAAUGAAUGACCCCACGCAACUCACUACUGCCACCGCUCCGCGCUGUUCGGCUCAGAAGAGUUUUGUGUUUAUCAAAGUGCACAAAGCAGGAUCACAUAACACCGCCUGCAUCCUCCAGAGAUUCGUUUGGACCAACAACCUGACUAUCGUCCUACCACUGAGUCCCGACACGUCAGUGUUGAGAAGUCCGGAUCUGGCGUACGCAAAACCCCCUUUCUACCCUCCAUAUGACGUCAUGUUGCACCACUUACGCUACAACAGGCCCCAAAUGUCCUACAUCAUGAAGAAAAACUCAAGUUUCGUCGCCAUCUUGCGUUACCCACUCAGUCACUUGAAAUCGGCCAUUAACUAUUUUCACCUGGACAAGCGUCUCGGACUGCGGAAGGAAAACCCAGUGAAGGAUUACCUGAGCGAUCCCAAGUAUUUUCUCGGAAGCAUGGCGUACAAGACAAGAAACUGGCAAGCUUUCAUGAUGGGGGUACCUCCGUGGUACGCUGGGAACGAGAAGAUGGCGCAAGCUCGCAUCCAAGGGCUUGGGAACGAGUUUGCUCACGUGAUGAUUUUGGAGCAUUACGACGAAUCUCUGCUCCUGCUCAAAAGGAAACUAUGUUGGGAACUUCGGGACAUCCUAUACGACAAACAGGUUCGGAACUAUCGCUCGUAUUCCUACAAGAACGAAGAAAUACCACAGAACCUACAAGAAAACCACCACCGUUCAAGCAACCUGGAUUACAUGUUGUACGACUAUUUCAACAGAACUCUUUGGCGUGAAAUCGCGGAAAGGGGCGACGAUUUUCAGAACGAACUAGAACUUUUCAGACGGGUAAACUUUGAAGUGAAUAUCUACUGCAAUCGCUCUGUGAAUGAGAGUGAUUACUUUGUUCAAGCGACAACCUGGAACGAAGAGUUUACGGUGGACGAGACGCUGUGCUCUGAACUGAAAAGGACCAGGGUAGACUGGGACAGAAGCUUCUUCAAAAGGCAGGGGAAAGUACCACAGAAAUGGACUAGGGGCACCAACGUCAGUUUCAUCAAGGAUUUUGUCAAACGUGCAGCACAACGAAGACGACGUCCUCAAAUGGGCCAAGCGAAGGUUCUGAAAGUUUAA